AUGACCCGUGCUGCAAAAGAGACAGCGUCGAAGGCGAAAGUUGCACCUGCUUUCAAGGAACUGGAUAGAGGGAGAAAAUUAGCUGUAUGGGUUAUUAGGAGGACUGGAUCACCAGGUGAUCAUGAAUCAAGUGAGGAGGAGGAACCAAAGUAUCGUCGGUUUGGCUUAGGGGAAAAAAUUUCACCCCAAGCUAGACUUGCACCUUUCACUGAUCUAGCGGAGAAAAGUUUGCACCGCAAGUUGGAAGCUGCUGGGGAAAAGCGAGCUGCUGCUAGGAAAUUAGAAGAAGAAUUGAAGGCUACAUAUGGACAAGCUAGUGAUGAUGAAGAUUGCAAAGUGACAGAUAGCAGAACCAAUGCUUUUACCAGAUGGAAGGUGGCGCCUGUUUUUCCGAGUUUGCAUGGCAAGAAGAAACUAAAAGGAUGA